UUAUAAUCUGCUGCUUUAGGGGGUUUAUCCUUAGCAUCUUUCUUCCUCAACGCCCCCCGCCCCCCUUUCUGGGAGUAAGAGGGGGAAAAAAAGUCAGCCAAGCACCAGGCUCCAGGUGGCUCUCAAGUACUUCACUGUCAAAGGAAAAGAAAAGAAAAGAAAAAAAAUCCUAUGCUGGAAAACAAGUGAGAAAGGGGCUCUCCAGAGGGGAUUGGUUCAGGGUGGAAGAAAGCAAAAUUCGGAAAGUGUGAGGAUACAGCUUGCGCCGGUGACCAGCGCUCAGAGCACAAGGACGCUUUCGCGGCAAUUAGCCGGAGCUGGAAGCGCAGGCGGGGACUGCAGGCUGCCGCGGCGGGGUGGCGAGGAAGGGACCCGCAGCCCCCGAGCUCCGGGCAGAGGCAUUGCGCUCCCUUCUACUCGAUCCCCUGCUCUCCCCCCCCUCCUGGCCUCCUUCCCCCCUCCCUCUCCUUGGCGUUCCCAGCAGCCGAGGGUUUCAGAUGUCCCACCGCCGUUUGACCCCCUCCCCCCGCUUCUCCACCCUUGCAAAUGAGGUUUGACCAGCAGAGGCAGAGCCCACCUCUGGCUUAGAAUCACUGACAUUUAGACUCCAGGCUUCAACCUGUUUACAAGCGGGCUUUCCAAAGGAAGGGGGUGGGAGGAGGAGGGAAAUUGGGCCAAACAAAACACCAACCGCCAUCCCCCCCCACCCCCAAAUAAGAAGUGACUUUCUGGAGGCUUCAAACCAACAGGCACCAUCAAAAAGAGAAAGCGAGAGGGGGAAGAAAACAACGACGACCGGGCAGCUGCAUCCAGUUCUGACAACUCCAAAGGGACGCACUUUUAGAACUGGCUAGCCAGCUGGGGCUCUUCGGAGAGGGGCCAGAAGGUGCCAACCGCAGAGGGGCGCAGAUAUCUCCCCCAGCCUCCCACCCCAGGCCCUUUGGGUUUUGUUCACCGUGCUGUCAUCUGUUUUUCAGACCUUUUUUUGCAUCUAACAUGGUGAAGAAAGGAGUGAAGAAAGGAGUGAAGAAGAGAACAAAGUAACUCCUGGGGGAGUGAAGAUCGACGGUGACCCACACCACCACCGCCGCCACCAGUUUCUGCUACUGCGGCCACCCACGUCCACAUUCACCCGGAGAGCGAGGGGCGCGCGGCAGCAGAUCCGAGAAAGGAGCAAGGAGAGGCAGCCGGCCCUUUCGAGGAGUUAUGGAUGUUGGUGCUUUCACUUCUGGUCAAAUCCGAGCCCAGAGGGAGCUAACCAGCGGCCGCCACCUCCAGCUGUCUCCUUGCCUCGCACCAGGUCUUACCCUUCCAGUAUGUUCCUUCUGAUGAGACAAUUUCCAGUGCCGAGAGUUUCAGUACAAUGUGGAAAUGGAUACUGACACAUUGUGCCUCAGCCUUUCCCCACCUGCCCGGCUGCUGCUGCUGUUGCUUCUUGUUGCUGUUCUUGGUGUCUUCCGUCCCUGUCACCUGCCAAGCCCUUGGUCAGGACAUGGUGUCACCAGAGGCCACCAACUCCUCUUCCUCCUCCUCCUCCUCGUCCUUCUCCUCUCCUUCCAGUGCGGGGAGGCAUGUGCGGAGCUACAACCACCUCCAAGGAGAUGUCCGCUGGAGAAAGCUAUUUUCUUUCACCAAGUACUUUCUCAAGAUUGAGAAUGGGAAGGUCAGCGGUACCAAGAAGGAGAACUGCCCGUACAGUAUCCUGGAGAUAACUUCAGUGGAAAUUGGAGUUGUUGCCGUCAAAGCCAUUAACAGCAACUAUUAUUUAGCCAUGAACAAGAAGGGAAAGCUCUAUGGCUCAAAAGAAUUUAACAAUGACUGUAAGCUGAAGGAGAGGAUAGAGGAAAAUGGAUACAACACCUAUGCAUCCUUCAACUGGCAGCACAAUGGGAGGCAAAUGUAUGUGGCACUGAAUGGAAAAGGAGCUCCCAGGAGAGGACAGAAAACUCGAAGGAAAAACACUUCGGCUCAUUUUCUUCCAAUGGUGGUACAUUCAUAGAGGAAGGCUAUGUUGGCAGAUGCAGUAUAACCAAAGGCUCUUUUGCCAGCAAUAGUUGAUAUUCUUCAUGAAGACAGUAGCUCAAAAGGCAAAGACAUAUUGCAAGUAUCUGCUUGCUUGAAAGAAAGGAAGCCUUUGAAGGUUUUUGUAUGCACUGCUGACAUAUGAUGUUCUCUUAAUUAGUUCUGUGUCCUGCCUUGUAAUUGAGAUAUAAGCAGAUCAAAUGGGAUGGAAGUCAUUCCCAAGUGAACAAUAUUGUGGCUGAGUUUUGGCGUUACGUUUUUUGUUUUCGUUUUUAACCUCUGAGAUAGAACUUAAAGGACAAGGAACAAUCUGUUGAAUGAUCUCCGGGAAAGUUAUUUAUGGAAUACGAACUCAUAUCAAAGACUUUCAUUGCUCAUUCAAGCCUAAUGAUUCAAUGAGCAGUAAGACACGCAAGCAUUUACUGGAAAGCACUUGGGUCAUAUCACAUGCACAACCAAAGGAGCUUUGGGUGUGGCAUCAUGGAAGAAUUGGAUAGGAUUGAAAAAUAUAAACAUGGUAGUGUAAAACUGUUCUAACAAAACAAAUAGUAUGGUAUGCUUGUGCAUUCUGCCUUCAUCCCUUUCUAUUUCUUUCUAAGUUAUUUAUUUAAUAGGAUGUUAAAUAUCUUUUGGGGUUUUAAAGAGUAUCCUCAACAGCUGCCCUCUAAUGUACCUUUUCUAUUUCUUUAGCACACCACAGGCAUGUUCAUGACAAAGUGUUUUUAAAACUUGGCAAACACUUCAAGAAUAGGAGAUGAGAUUGGGGAAACAGUGUGAGUGUCCCCUGUGCUGUCAGUUGACAUAAUCUGCACUUCUGCCAUAAGAACCAUCAGCCAUAAAUACGACAAUGUUUUGGCAUGGCUUGAAUGAGAGAUGUCUGCCAUCAUUUAAAAACAUACAUCACACCUAAGGCUUCUUUUCCUAAGAAAUAGACCAGAAAACCAAAUUCUUUUCUUUAAAUACAUCAAUGGGUCUCCGAGAGUAUACUAAAAGAAGGAAAAUUUUAAAAUACAUUUUAGUAGCCUAGUCUCAUUCUUAGUAAUGAUCUUUUGCCAUAUCUCACAGUGGUAAGUGAUGAAGAGGCUGUCUGCACAUAUAAGAACCCUGUAUAAAUCUCACAUAGUACAUCUCCCCAAAUGAACCAUUAAGGAAUUUGGUAUGAAGUGCAACCCUCCCAGGGGCUUAAACUGAGCAAAUGUAUUGGUAUAUAUGUAACCAUAUACUGAAACCUGUUCAAGCUGUAUGGUCUAGUCUUUACAAAACCAAAUAAAACUUGUUCUCUAGAAAUUUAAAGAGCUUUGGAAGGUUCCAUAAUGUAACCUUAUUGACAUUCAUUUUGUUAGAGCAGAUAUAGAAAACAGUACAUAAAUGUGUACCAGUCAUCAUCACAUUGUAUUCCUUCCACUAGAUAAAUACAUAAGCCUUAUUUGCAGUGUCUGUAGUGAUAAAAAGAAAAGUGUAGAAAAAUACUAUUUGUUCUAAAUACUUUAAGUGAUAACUAUAAGAUUAUUAUUGAUGCUGCAGUUUUAUCUUCGUAUUUCUUGUUUUCAAAAGGUCUGUUUAUUGUUUGGACACAGUAUUUUGGUACAAAGGAAAGACUCACUAAAUGUGUCUUCUUACUAAAGGUUAACCUUUAGAAAGGCUGGUGUUCUGUGAUCCUCUCUAAUAACUUAAUUGUGUCAAUGUUUAACCAGCACUUCUAGUUAAUCCAUUAUUUAAGAAUUAGCUUUAUUAAGAAAUUUUCCCAUAAAGUAAUCCCAUAAAAAAAGUUGGGAUUCCUUAAAAAAGUUGGGAUUUCAAAGGAAUCAUUCCUUUAAAAAGUUGGAAUUGCAAAGAAAUGUAUUCCAGGCAGAGUGUUUUGGCUCAUGGAUAAAGUUGCAUUUCAUGGUACAUGGCUUCCAACUUGCCUUUUGAUAAAAAAUGUUUAAUUUUGUGAUUGGAAUCUGUAUGUUAAAAUUUAAUUGGUAACUGAGUCUUAAAGCCAUAAUGUGAUGCAUUCCUAUGAAAACUAGGUUAUCUUUGUUGUUUUAUUUUAAAAUAAUAAUUGCACCUGACACAUCAACAUGGACCACCCACAACCAAAAUUAAAUGUUGAGUGAGACAGAUAUAGUAUUAGAUGACCAUGGUAACAGCAAAUAGGGCACAAACUGGAUUCAUAUUUCACAAAGCCAUUUAGAUUACCAAAGAGACUAUGUGUAAACAGUCAUCAUUGUAGUACUCAAAACACUCAAACAGCUUCUAGCAAAAUGUAUCAAAGCUUGCAGAAGCCAAAAAUAGAAAACAUCUCCUUCACCUCUCCCCCUGCCUCAUCCCCCAAACACACAUAUUGACAGGGAUAAAGACAGAAACAGUUUGAUAAAGAGUAAUGAGAUUCUCCUGCAUUUACAAAUGGCAUCAUUGCUUGAUAUUGAGAUAGCAUUCUGGUCCCUUUUGCGGCUGGAUUAUGCUACUGAAGGGACAGAAGCUCCAGUCCUGACUGUUGUUGUUGGUUUUUUUAAUCAUGAUUUUGUGAGCUCUGCCUCUGUAGGAAGUGUGACCUCUGGCUACAGUGUCAAGGUGUGUUAUCCACAAAUGUGUGUCCAUCUGAGUGUUGAUUUCAAGGAGACUCCUCAUAAAGAUAUAGAUUCCUUCCCUCCUCCUACCUCCCAAAAGGCUGAACAGUGUAUAGUAUGUUACAUUUAAAUAACUCAAUAAAAACGCUGGGAAAAGAAAAUGAAAA